AUGAACACCAAGAUCAGCAUCAUCCAGAACGUCAUCUGGACCCUGUCCAACAUGUGUCGCGGCAAGCCCCAUCCUGACUUUACCCAGACCCAGAAGAUCCUGCCUUUGUUGCGCCACCUGAUCAGUCCCAACUUUGCAAUGUCCUCUGACAUCCUUGCCGACGCCUGUUGGGCCGCCAGCUACCUGUCCGAUGGCGAGAACGACCGCUCACCG